CGGAAGCUGUAACCGCUGUGCUUUCAGUUCACCGUCUGCUGUGAAGGAAAAGUGGUGCUGUUGUGACGCGACGAAGCCCCUUAAGGGCAAGUAGGUUACCAGCGCCGUGCGUGUGUGGGUACACAUAGCAGAGUGCGACAUAAAUUGCAUCCAAAAAAAGAAAAGGAGGAAGCUCACGAAAGGAAGAGAGCAGUGAAAACGAACGAACGAACGUGAAGCUUGCGAAAUGAAGUGUCGCUAGUGGGGGGAGAUGCUUGUCGUGUGAGCGUGGCCCCCGUGGCCAUUCAAAAGCCGUGCGUGCAUCCAUCGUUCGGUGAGGGGUGAGUGGUUGACUUCGCAGCAUUCGCUAAAGGAUAGAACACCGUGCAUAAGAGUUAAGGUGGAAGAGGAGAAGGAAAAAAGGUUGGACUGUAACGCCGGCUGGCUGGUGGUUCCAGCUCAACGCCCUCGAGAGAGUGAGAGAGUGUCAACGAGAGUGACAGCCACGGAGGACAUCGCGAACGCGACUAGUUCGCACCACUAGCACCCUUUUCUGCUCAUCAUCCGUUGUUGUAGUAGGCCGAGCUCGGAACGGAAGGCCAUCGGCGUGUACAGGCCAUCAGCCACGGUCACUGCAUCCGACAUCGGUUACUAGCUGGGACAUCAUUUACAUCCUCGGCACUCGUCGACACAGUCGUCGUCGUCGUCGCCGUUCUGUUGCAGCAAACUAGACGCGAACCGCACCGUUGCUCUGAUGGUGACCAGCACGAUGCAGUAAUGAAGUGCAACGGCAGUGAUGACGAAACGAGCAGCAUGCACCAGGCGCACCAGCAGCAGUUGACAUGCAGAAAGUGCAGCGAGGCGCAAGUAGAAGGCAUUCAGUCGUGUCGGUUGGUUUGAGUUCCGGCACGGGAAAAUUCAAUUCCCCUAGCUCCUUCUUGGCUUGUGCUCGGCCAUCCGUAAGGUGGUAGUGAAUGGGCGCGUGAUGCCGUACCGGAAUCGAUAGGCGAAGACCACUUUUGUGAGUUUCUGUGUGCGAAAACUGUGCUCAAAAAGCUCGCCAAGUUCGAGGCGCCCGCGAUCAGGCGAGGUUCGAAGGUCGACGACUGUGUUCGAUUGUGUCAACUCUGUGUGCGAACGUUGUCGAACAGGAGCAAGGGGCAAACACUGAUUGGAAGCUUCGACCGUCAACCGUCAAAAUGGGUGACAGCAUAAAGGUGAUAAAGUCGUCGUCGUCGCUGCAGUUCGGUCGACUUCAGCCGGUUGCAGUGCUUCUGCUGCUGCUGCUACUAGCGCUUCGAUCAACAGUUUGUGCAGUACCGAUACACUCGCUGGAAAUGGAUCGCUUCCGGAACAGCAUCGAUCUGGAUGCGGAGCAGACGGAGGCGCGGUACGAUCAGGAGAUGCUGUCCGACAUCAUUAACGAUAACGAUCGUGGCGAGGUGCAGAAGAAGGCGGAAUCGUGCACGGUCGAUGACUACAAGUACGACCACGGCCAGAAGAUUCAACGGCUCGAUCCGUGCGAAAUCUGUCUCUGCAUCGAUGGCGAGAUCUUCUGCUGGUGGAAACAGUGCGAUGCUCAAACGAAAGCGAUACUGAGCGUUGGCUCUGGGGAGCAGCAGAGGGACCUCGUGCUCGGUCAGGAACCGACCAUCGGCAGCACCACCACACCGAGCGUACCACCAAUGGCGGCCACCGAUGGAUUCGGUUUUCAAUCGAGAGGCCACCUCCAAUCGGAAGCACCACCAUUCGCCGACAGUAACGGUGGCGCUACGCGGCUAAUUGUGGCCGACACGCUAAGUGAAUUCACGACGAGCAUUAGCGUGAGCAGCACCAGCACCACGGUGGCCAUCGGUGGACCGUCGCCGAACGGAGCACAAUCGAACCACAGUCCAGGCCAGGGUACGAUCGAUGGCAUUCCCAAGAGUAUGCUCAGCUUUCCGCAAACGCCACCGAUCAUGAUGCACCGUCCCGUGGCCAUUAAACCAACGGAAGCUGGCCGCAAAUCGAAGGCUGGUGGUCGCGGUGGCGCCAAGGCUGGAAAGGCCAGUUCUAUCGGUCUGAAGAAAGGAAAGAAUCCAAAGAAACUUGGCUACGACGUGGUCGAGCGUAAACCGACGGUUUCGAUCGCUAGUGAUGCGUUGCCUGAUGUCAAGCAGAUGCCUCAGGAGCAGCAGCAGCAGCAGCAGCAGCAGAACAGUCGAGAGCAACCGGAAACAAGUCAGCCGUCGAGUCGGGAGCAGCUUUUCGGUGGCUACGGUUUUGGAAUGAUCCGGGAACCUCAAGACGCUGGUAUGGCACGAAAUCGAGAUCAUGAGGCGGCACCACAGCACUACAUCAUCACUUCUUCCGGCCAUGUGGAAAUGUUCGAUGAUGCACUCGGUGGACCGGAAGGUCCGGGUAUUCGGGAUGUACUGAGCUUCGAUGGCCGCGUGUCGUCGGUCGUUGCGUCUGGCAAUGAAGAGCCCGUCGAAAGCGCCGAAGAUGAUGACGAUGAUGAUGAUGAUGAUGGAGAUGACGAAGGUGAAAGUGGAGCCGAGGAUGAUGGCGGUCCGGUCGCUCCAGCCAUCAUGCUAACGACCAACGUUACCCAGGGCGGUGGACUCGCUGCUGGUGGUGGUGCUUCGACCUCGACAACGACCACAACGAUGCCACCGAGUGACCGACCAUCGUCCGUGAUCGACAUCCUCAACUCGACGGCGAUCGAGACGGACUAUGGUGAGGGAACGAACCACUCGGAGCUGAUUUACCCGGAAGUUCCGCCAGUCUAUGGUGGUGGUGGUACGGUGGACGCUGGUAGUAGUAGUGGUAGCAGCAGUAGCACGUCAUCGAUGCCGACGACGACAGCGACCCAGUCGCCAUUGGCCACUGAAUCCUCGGAGCAGCACUGUAUCGUGAUGGGUGUGACGUAUCCGGUCGGUGCCGUGCUGAAGCAGGAAACGGGCAACUGUUUGCAGUGCGUUUGCGUAUCCGGACCGGAAAACGAUCCUUCGCCGAGGGUGACCUGCACUCCACUGAACUGUCCACCCCUGAUACUGCCCGACAUACUCGAUGGCGCGGGCUUCUAGAUGCUGGCCAGCUAGUACCGAGUAGUGAAGCUGUAGAACGACUAACCUGGAUGAACGGUAGCAGAACAUACACAAAAAGGACAUACCAUACACAACCACAUACAUGCUCAUAAACAAACAGACUCACACACAAAUGAAGCAUACUAGAAAAUGUAAACAGGGGAAAAUGAUAAAAAGUGGAUCAACAUAUUUAGCGUAAUAUCCGGAAAAAAUGGAAAUGGAAGUAAAGAAAAAUGGGAACGAACGAACGUGAAACACAAUAACCUAGGUAGGCCGGGGGAGGGCGGCUAACGCGAACACUCCGAGCAGCAUCGCAGCAGGCCCAAUGUAAUGAUCGAUUUAAGAAUUUACCGUAGAGCAUUAGAGUUUAACUUAGUGGCGUGGGAUUGCGUUGUGGAGCGGAGUGUAACUUACUGUAGCCCAGAGUGUGGUGUGUUAUGUUAUCUGUUGUGUAAGAAGAUGCGUUUCUUCUUCCUCCUUCUCAUUUCCUGGAUGUGCUCAACUGCGAACGACGGCCCCUCAUACAUACUCGGCUCAUGCGGGAGCAGUGGCUUUGUAACAAUGUAAUGUGUUGCUAUUUGCUCCCAAACCCAAUAAUGCUGUAUCGAUCCAUUGCCAUUAAUGCCGAACCCUUUGCUGCUGCUAAGAUGUUAUGUAUUCAUGAUUACAAUGAUUACGUUUUGCUGGUAGGACUCCUGUGAAAUCCUUCGUUUUCAGUGUUACAAACCAUUAUCAGGUGGCGCUCGGUUUGAGUUUCGCUUUGAGUUUAAACGGAGUAGACCCUCGUAAGCAUGUAGUGGGUUGGAUCGCUUCGGUUGGCUGGAGACAAACGGGACAACUACCGCGGGGAACCUAGUCUUCCACCACCACAAAAAGGCACCAAAAGAAGGACUAGCAGCACAGCUGGAUGUCGUGGUUUGGUCUCAGACUCCGUUCCGCACAAAAUGCUCGACCGUACAUAUCUUACAAUUCGUAUCAACAACCAUGAGGACACAUGUUUCGCAACAAGGCACUCAGUAGCAGCUGCUGCAGUACUUCACGCAGACGAAACUCCACGCAGCACACCAACGGGAGGGCAUUCUCCGGAGCCGAUCCCCUCCUUGGUGCGUCUCGUUCUUUUGACUUUCGAGAGGAAGGGCAGGAUCCAGAGCGGUAUCAUAUCACAUCACAUCGCACCUAUCAAGAGCAGACGAGCUUUCGAGACGCUCCCACUUCCGCUUCUGGAGAGUGAGUUGAGUGAGAGGCUCCAAAGGACUAGGACAUCAUUAAGGCGAAGGUGCAGAAGGAGGAG